UGUUUUUUGCUUGCACUUGUAGCAAGUUGUAGUUGUAAGUAUAACUUUGUUAAGAGAAAUUUAAAGACAUGGCAAGAAGUCAAGAAAACUGUGAAUCUUUAAUAUUUGAUGUUGAAUAUGAUGAAGAACUUGCAAAAUCGUUUGAAAGUGCUGCUGAUUAUGUUGCUUCCAAAACUGACGACUUUGAUGGUGAUCAGUUGUUGAUAUUCUAUGGUUUAUAUAAACAGGCACAAGAAGGGCCUUGUUUGAAGAAUAAGCCAGGGAUUUUUGACUUUAAAGGAAAGAAAAAAUGGGAAGCUUGGAAAAUGCUAGGUGACAUGACAAAAUCAGAAGCCAUGGAACAGUAUAUUCAGACCUUGAAACAAUUAAAACCAGAGUGGGACUUAAAGAAUUCAGAAAAUAAUGUAAUUAAGAAAAGUUUUGGUCCAGCAGUUAGUACAAUGAUGAAUGACAUAAGCAAUGAACUUGAUGACAAUCAGAAAACAGCUUUUGACUGGGUCAAAGAAGGAAGUUGGGAUAAAUUAUAUACAUACCUGACACAACCUGGUUUUAAUAUAAAUGAACAGGAUUCAGAAGGAAUGACACUCCUUCAUUGGGCAUGUGAUCGAGGACACACUACUGUUGUGAAAAAUUUGUUGCAGCAUGGUUGUGAUGUUAACUGUCAGGAUGAGUAUGGACAGACAGCAUUACACUAUGCUAGCUCAUGUGGACACUCUGAAGUUAUUAAAAUCUUGUUAGACGAAGGAGCCAAACAGGAUCUUGUCGACUCAGAUGGAAUGCUUCCGAGACAUGUUGCUUUUUCUGAAGAUGUAGCUAAGCUUAUGGCUCCCUAUUCUUAACACAAUUAUAUUGACUUUUUAAUAUAUGGAUUCUGAUAUUUAUUACUAUAUCUCUAAACAACAUAAAUUGAAAUGUGUGCGAGACUGACCUAAAAGAAGUUGCUUAUGGUGUGAAAAACAUUAGAAAAUAUCUAUUAGAUGUGUUUCUUGAUAAAAGAGUUAGCACAAAGGAUCGCAUAUAA